GCCCCCCCCCAACCCCCAACGUUGGAUGACACGUGUACGUGCCACGCACCCGAAGUUGUCCAUUGUCUCAGCAUCUCUCUAACAUAUAUUACAAUAAAAAACUGUUCAAUUGGACCCACGGCUUCCCCAUGGUCAAUAAGACACGUUAGGGAUCGAAUGGCCUGAUAAGAGCAUGCAGCGCACUACCUGUUCGACGUAAUGCCUCUGAAAAACGGAAAAUAGAAACAGAAACACCAGACCCGGAAAGCUAGAGAGAAAUGUGGAGGCGCGUGGCUUUACAUUCUCAGUUGAUGUUGUCCUCAAAACCAUCCAUUUUUAACAAUCAGGGAGCAUGUAUAUUCAAGUUCUGUGAAACAUUUAAGACAGAGAUAGCCACAAAGGAAAAACCAUUCAUAACUUUCGUUUUAGGUGGUCCUGGUAGUGGAAAAGGUACACAAUGUGCAAGGAUUGUUGAGACCUUCGGACUAACACAUUUGAGUGCUGGAGAUCUAUUAAGAAGGGAAAUUGCUUCUAAUAGUGCAGAUGGCUCUACAAUUCUAAGUACAAUUAAAGAAGGGAAAAUUGUUCCCUCAGAAAUAACAAUCAAACUCCUUCAAAAGGAGAUGGAAACCUGUGACAGUUCCAAAUUUCUGAUCGAUGGUUUCCCUCGAUGUGAGGAAAACCGCAUAGCAUUUGAACAAAUUAUUGGUGCAGAACCAAAUAUAGUGCUUUUCUUUGACUGUCCUGAAGAAGAGAUGGUGAAACGGGUGCUAAAUCGUAAUCAGGGUAGAGUUGAUGACAAUAUUGAUACAAUCAAGAAACGCCUUAAAGUGUUUGAAGCAUUAAAUCGUCCUGUUAUCAAUUACUAUUCAGAUAAAGGAAAACUUUACAAGAUCAAUGCAGUAGGAACAGAAGAUGAAAUAUUUAAACAAGUUCACCCUAUUUUUGCCGUGUAUGAGGCCAUAAAGUGAAUCUAAAUUUUAUGAUCCAAGAAUGAUAAGGCAUGGAGAGCUUUUGUUUCUGUUGACUCUGUCUUCUUUCUUUGGAAAAGAUUACAAGGGCUUAGUUGGCUACAUACAAGCUUCUCAAGGAGUGGUGAAAUUCCUGCAACAAGUAUUGAUGGCAAACUUGUAAUUUACAUGCUUUUCUUGUUUGCUGUAUUAUCUACUUGGUGAUGCAUAAUCUGGAAGUAUGAUGCAUAGCUUAAUUUGGGAGGAAAAAUCAAUGCACGAUUACGGUAUUGGAGGGAGAAAAAAACAAAAGAAAAGAGCCAAGGAAAGGUAAAGUUUUGGGGGAACCGGGGCGAUGGUAUUAGUAUUAGUCCCAAAUGUGUAUUAUUGAAAUUCUAGUUGAUACAAUCAUACAAUAAUAUCAUUGCAAGAAGACAACAAAUAUCGUUUCAGUUCAA